AUGCGAUGCUCCCCUGGCAUAUUCUCAACACGUCACCGCCAGCCUAAAAGCGUCCCUCGGACAACCUCUAGUUUCCGUACAUCUCUAGCCUCCGCAACGCACCCCAAGCGCUCGAUCUCCGCUCCCGCCGCACACGCCGUCCCGCUCGGCGACAUUCCCGGCGCCUCCUCCGUCGCAUGGCUGCGCGACACGUGGCAUGAGCACGCCAAUCGCUCAUUGGCGCUCGCUACGAAGCUCACCGGGUUUCAAGGCUGUCCAUCUCCCGUCGGAACCCCUGGUUCCCUGACCAAUGGCGCUGCAUGUUCCUUUUCGUCGUCCUCUCUCUCAUCUUCUCUCCCGUCUUUCAGUACAAGUAUUUCCUUCACCAGCACUGCCGGUUAUCUCUGUGGAAAAAAGCGGCUCGCGAGCUCCCGGGAAAUCUGGGUCGUUCUCCUCUCCUUCCUCUCGCUGCUUCUCCUCGCCGACAUGCUGCGAAAGAACCACGUGUUACUGUUACAAUCCGCGACCGUGGGGAUCGAGUUCCUCUUCGUGCUCUCGCGCGAAAGCGUGUACGCGCGUGGCUUGCGCGUGAUCUCCACAUGGGAGAGGGAAUCCGGAGUGCGCUUCGCCAACGUGGCAGUGGUCAACUUGGAGGAGGCGGAAAUGGCGCGUUUUAAUGUGACGCGUCGAUUAAUCCCCUUGGCGGUUCCGCACGCGCCGGGCCAUUUAGACUGGAAUCACUUAUAUCCAGAGUGGAUUAACGAGACGAUACCAAACAGCUGUCCGUAUCUGCCCGAGGCGCGCUGGCAGAGCGGGCGAAAGCAGGCGGACGCGCUAUUGGCUCGCGUGGAAUGUCGCGAACCGGUAUCUGGAUGGGCGAAAGACGUGGAGUGGCAGCACAUGUUACUGUCGCUGGCGAACCUCGUCGUACAGGCCGAUAAGCCGUGGAUGCCGCUCGUCCUCAUUUCCGACUGCCGGCCACCGUUAAACCUCCUGCCGUGCGACCGGCUGGUUAAACGGGACGGGCCGGUCUGGCUGUACAACCUGACGGCCAGCGAUCUCCGAACCCGGCUGCAGCCGGCAGGAUCAUGCGGCAUGGCGCAACCGACAUUGACCGCCGAAGCUGCUUCUCCUCCUCCCCUGCAUCCUUUUUCCCACCAUCCCUCUUGCUUCCUACCCCCAGAACCGCCCGCUAUAGGCACAGUAGCAUACGCGACGGUUCUCCACACGGUGGAGAAUUACGUGUGCGGCGCGAUCGUGCUGGGGCACAGCAUUCGGCGCAGCGGCAGCCAGCACGACAUGGUGGCGCUGGUGUCGCGCGAAAUCAGCAACCGCAGCCGCGACGCGCUUCGCGAGGCCGGGUGGAUUGUCAAAGAAAUAGACCGGAUCAGAAACCCGUACGGCAGCAAGACGUCGUACAACCAAUGGAACUACAGCAAGCUGCUGUUGUGGCAGUUGACGGAGUACACAAGGGUGGUAUUCGUGGACGCGGAUCUGCUGGUGCUGCGCAAUCUCGAUCAUCUCUUCGCCUUCCCCGACGUGGCGGCGCGAGGCAACGACCAGACGGACUUCAACUCGGGCCUCAUGCUGCUGCGCCCCUCCCACUGCACCUUCCGCGAGCUCCUCGCCAACGUCCACACCAUCCGCUCGCCCAAUGGGGGUGACCAGGGCUACCUCAACAACAUUUUCACGUGGUGGCACCGUCUGCCCAACUCGUACAACACCCUCAAGCACAUCUGGGCCUCAGAUCCCAAGGAGCGAGCUCUCGAGCUAGAAAUGAAGAACCGGUGGUUCUCAGAGGAGCCAGCAGAGAUCCACACCAUCCACUACCUCGGCCGCAAGCCCUGGCAGUGCUACCGCGACUUUGACUGCACGUGGCUGUACCCGUGGGACCACAAUUUCGCAAACGAAGCAGCUCAUAAGCGGUGGUGGGCCAUGCAUGAUAGCAUGCCUGAGCCCCUGCAGCAGAUGUGCUGGCUGAGGAAUGAGGAUAAGACGGAGAUGGAGUUCAGAAAGAGGGGCCUUGAGGCGAAGAACGCCCCGCCGGCAUUUUGGAAUUUCACUGUGACGGAUCCGAGGAAGGAUUAUUGUUUCCCCGGGCAGAAAACGUGCCAGUGGGAGCUGUAUUUGGAGCACUGGAAGCGGCGGUAG